GUGCGCCUCGCUGUUGAGGCCGGCGCCCCUGCCCUGCGCCGCUGUCCGCGCCCGCCGCCCGCCCGGCGCUCCCGGCGACCGUGACCCUGCCCCGGGCGCGGGGAGGAGCGGGCAUGGCCCGCCGGGGGGCAGCCGCGCUGGCGCUGGCUCUCGCGCUGCUGGCGGUGGCCCUGGCCGGGGCCGCGGCCCAGGGCGCAGCCGUCGAGGACCCCGACUACUACGUGCAAGAGAUUUGGAGCCGGGAGCCUUACUACGCGCGCCUGGAGCCCGAGCCCUUCUCGCCGCCGCUGCCCGCGGGGCCCGGCGAGGAGGAGCGGAAGCUGCGCGCGUCCGAGCCCAGGGCGCCCAAGAAGGCGACCAAGCCCAAGAAAGCUCCCAAGAGGGAGAAGUUGGCUCCGGAGACGCCUCCGCCAGGUAAAAAGAGCAACAGAAAAGGCAUGAAAACCAAGAGCUCUGAGAAGGCUGCCGGUGAUGAUCACAGGGUCCCUGUGGCCCGUGACGCUGUCAGAGAGGGUUGCCCGCCUCUCGGUCUGGAAACCUUAAAAAUCACAGACUUCCAGCUCCACGCGUCCACUUCGAAGCGCUACGGCCUGGGGGCGCAUCGGGGGAGACUCAACAUCCAGGCAGGUAUUAAUGAAAAUGAUUUUUACGACGGGGCAUGGUGCGCGGGAAGGAACGACCUCCAUCAGUGGAUUGAAGUGGAUGCCAGACGUCUGACCAAGUUCACUGGUGUCAUCACUCAAGGGAGGAACUCGCUCUGGCUGAGUGACUGGGUAACCUCCUAUAAGGUCAUGGUGAGCAAUGACAGCCAUACGUGGGUCACUGUUAAGAAUGGAUCUGGAGACAUGAUAUUUGAAGGAAACAGUGAAAAGGAGAUUCCUGUCCUCAAUGAGCUCCCCGUCCCCAUGGUGGCGCGCUACAUCCGCAUAAACCCACGGUCCUGGUUCGAUAAUGGGAGCAUCUGCAUGAGGAUGGAGAUCCUCGGCUGCCCGUUGCCAGAUCCAAAUAACUAUUAUCACCGACGGAAUGAAAUGACCACCACCGAUGACCUGGAUUUUAAGCACCACAGCUAUAAGGAAAUGCGUCAGUUGAUGAAGGUCGUGAACGAAAUGUGCUCCAACAUCACCAGGAUUUACAACAUUGGCAAGAGCCACCAGGGCCUGAAGCUGUACGCCGUGGAGAUCUCCGACCACCCUGGGGAGCACGAAGUCGGUGAGCCCGAGUUCCACUACAUCGCGGGGGCCCACGGCAACGAGGUGCUGGGCCGGGAGCUGAUGCUUCUGCUGAUGCAGUUUCUGUGCCAGGAGUACUUGGCCCGGAACUCGCGCAUCGUCCGCCUGGUGGAGGAGACCCGGAUCCACAUCAUCCCCUCCCUCAACCCCGACGGCUAUGAGAAGGCCUACGAGGGGGGCUCGGAGCUGGGAGGCUGGUCCCUGGGACGCUGGACCCAUGACGGAAUAGACAUCAACAACAACUUUCCUGACUUAAACACACUGCUCUGGGGGGCAGAGGACCGACAGAACAUCCCACGGAAAGUUCCCAAUCACUAUAUUGCAAUCCCUGAGUGGUUUCUGUCUGAAAAUGCCACGGUGGCAGUGGAGACUAGGGCCGUCAUAGCCUGGAUGGAAAAGAUCCCCUUCGUGCUGGGUGGCAACCUACAGGGCGGGGAGCUGGUGGUGGCCUACCCUUACGACAUGGCGAGGUCCACGUGGCAGAUGCAGGAGCACACUCCCACACCCGACGACCACGUGUUCCGCUGGCUGGCCUACGCCUACGCCUCCACUCACCGCCUCAUGACGGAUGCCAGGAGGAGGGUGUGCCACACGGAAGACUUCCAGAAAGAGGAUGGGACUGUCAAUGGGGCUUCCUGGCACACCGUGGCCGGAAGUCUCAACGAUUUCAGCUACCUUCACACCAACUGCUUCGAGCUGUCCAUCUACGUGGGCUGUGAUAAAUACCCGCAUGAGAGCGAGCUGCCUGAGGAGUGGGAGAAUAAUCGGGAAUCCUUAAUCGUGUUCAUGGAGCAGGUUCAUCGGGGCAUCAAAGGCCUGGUGAGGGAUUUGCACGGAAAAGGAAUUCCAAAUGCUGUUAUCUCCGUAGAGGGCGUUAACCAUGACAUCCGAACAGCUGGCAUUCAUCAAGGACACAUGACUGAAACACACAGUUCAGUGGCAAAGAAUAAGCCACAGGUCUUACGGAGCCCACAGCUUAACACGGGGCCAAGACGGGACAGGGAGGUCUGGGGGCUGCAGGGGCGGCUCUGGCAGGUGUGCCUGGGAGCUGGGAGCCCGGAGAGACGUCUCAGCGCGUGCCUGCCCAGGAGGCUCGGGCCCGUCUGAUAGCAAGACAAAGACGGCUGGGCGUGGCUCUCGGCUUCUGAAAAGCCACCGAGUGGCAUUUUAUUCAGUUGAGAACCUUGCGUUUUCACUGCAGGAAGACACAGGGUGCAGUGCUGAGAAAGUCAGGGAGCCGUCUGCCUGCAUUGCGUGCCUGGGACUCUCACAUUGAGGCCUGUUUACCAGGUAGUAGACUGUGCAAACGUGUGGCGAACCACUGCCUGCGUAUUUCAUUUUUCAUGACAUCUUGUGCUCUCGUGAGCUCACCACGUUGCAUGGGGCGUCUCAGACGAAUAAAGAUUGUGAUGUGAAUUUAAACAUGGUGCUUCGGAGUGUUAUAUGCGUGUAUGUGGGAGAGAAAUAUUCUCACAGAGUUCUCUUCCAUUCUUUAGGGGACAUCAGGGUUCAUUCACAUGAGUAAAACUUUCCCGGGCCUAUGUAGCACUUCACCAAAUCCAGGCUUUUCUCCUUAGACCGGGCAGGACAGAUCAUCAUAAGAGAGAAAACAAACCUGGCCCGGGAAGACCAGCUAAUCACUAGCUGUGUGACCUUGUGCAGCACGUGACACUUCCCUGGGAAUCCAAUUACUCAUGUAGAAAAGGGGAUCAUUAUACAACCUACGUCAGAACUUGGCUUGGAGGGUUCAGUGGAUUGGAGCCUGCGUCGUCCUUCCAUGUGCUACGUGGGAGUUGAUGUCUCCUUUUCUGUCUCGAAGCCUCUUUAAUGGCAGGGGUCCAAGUGAUCUCAGCAGGUGUAGGCCCCCUGGGGAGGAGUGGCCUUGGCCUAGAACCCCACUUUAUGCAACAAGGAUC